GAGGAGUUUGGAUACAACGCUGAAACCCAAAAGCUGUUGUCCAAAAACGGAGAGACGCUGCUGGCUGCCAUCAACUUCUUCAUCUCCAGUGUGAACACGCUCGUGGACAAAACAAUCGAAGACACCAUGAUCAAUAUCAAACAGUAUGAAGCUGCAAGGGUUGAGUAUGAUGCAUACCGUACAGAUCUGGAGGAGCUGAAUCUGGGGCCGCGUGACGCCAACACCGUGCCGAAGAUCGAGGUGUCUCAGCAGCAGUUCCAGACCCACCGCGAGAAAUACGAGAGGAUGCGAAACGACGUCUCCGUUAAGCUGAAGUUCCUGGAGGAGAACAAGGUGAAAGUUCUGCAUAAUCAGCUCAUCCUGUUCCACAAUGCCAUCGCUGCAUACUAUGCUGGAAAUCAACAGCAGCUGGAACAGACACUCAAGCAGUUCCACAUCAAGUUGAAAAUGCCAGGCGAGGACAGUCCAUCUUGGCUGGAAGAGCACUAAUCAUUCCUUUUCGGCUCCAUUUGACAGGACAUGUCAAAUUUACAGAGAAACUACAGGAGCUUUCUUCCCUCUUUAAUGCUAUUCUCGCUGCUUUUCGAACUUUGAGAACUGUAAAUGAAAAUAAUGCAAAAACGGAA